GAAGAAUUUGAGUUCUCUCUUAAAGAGGUCGGAAGUCGGAGCUUUGGGAAUCAAACAACGUUUUUUAUUGUAUUGCCCUCCCAAUCCAAUGCUGCAGAGACGCUUCCUUUGCACCAUCGUUUCCGGCAACCACCAGAAGCCUCGCCGCCAGUGGCCGAUUAGGCAAGUGAACAGGUCCAAUUUCUCCGAGGCUCUGCAGCACAUCAAGGCCCACAUCCGCGACUGCGACUUCGUGGCCGUGUCGUUGCAGAAGACUGGUUCCUACUCUGCCCCUUGGCACCGAGUUCUACCCCUUGACACCGCCGAGAUCGCCUACUUCAAAGCCAAGUUCGCCGCCGAGAGGUUUCAGAUUCUUCAGUUCGCAGUCUGCCCGUUCUCGGUUAGGGCCUCCAAAGUCGUCGCCCACCCAUACAACUUUCAUCUCUUCCCGAGGGAUGAACUCAAAAUUGGCUUGCCUUCAUAUAGCUUUUCGUGUCAGUCAUCAUACUUGAGCUCAAUGGCUCGACAAGGUUUUGAUUUCAAUGCCUGCAUAUAUGAUGGCAUAUCAUAUUUAUCGAGGGAACAAGAAUCUGCUUCAAGAGAACGAAUAGGAAGUCCAGUGCGUAGAAAAUGUGAAACACAGCCUUCCUCUGAUCUUUCAGUUGCUGACUCAAUUUUUGUUGAAAGGAUAAAAGCACGAGUCAGGAACUGGAGAAAUGCUUUUAAAGACUCAAGCUCAAGGGCUGAAGAUCCUUUAAUCAAUUCCCUGAGAAAACUUGUCAUAGGAAAUGAAGAAUACGGAUCAAGACCAUGCUUAACCAUAACUGUGUGCAGUGAACGCCAAGUGCAGCUUGUAGUAGAGAUGCUGAGGGAAUUUUAUGAUGACCUUGUACCUUUAUCGGUUCCAGCAAAAGGUGGGGGUACCCAGGCAAUUCAAGUUGUUUUAACAAGUUCAAAAGAAGACAGGUUACUGUUUGAGAUGGAACUUCAAAAUCGGGAAGAGGAACAAAGUAAGCGGGUCCGUGGCUUUCGGGAGGUCAUCGAUUUGAUUUCUACAUGUCAGAAACCUGUUGUUUCCCACAACUCACUUAAUGAUUUUGCAUUCAUUCAUGCGAAAUUCCUUUCUUCCCUACCUUCUAGCAUGGAAGAGUUCAGGCGCUCCUUGUGUCCGGCUUUCCCCAAUAUUCUUGAUGUCGGCCAUCUAAUGAAGGAAAUGGGGCCCCUGAAAAAGGUGACUAAUUUGCCUGCCGCUAUUUCUUAUUUAAAAAGACGAUUCUUUGCGCCUGUUGAUGUGGAAAUUUCUCACCAAGCUGAUGCAGGUGACAGCAAGAUCCAUGGCCACAAUGUUCUGAAGAUAACAGAAUUGUUUGCUAAACUGUGCUCUAUUUUGAAAAUUAACCCCGAAACUCUCCAACAUGAUUAUGACAAUUUCCCUUCUGCUCUUGAAAGCUCUUCAAACAUCUUCAAUCCUUGUUCCUCAAGUUCCCCCGACCCAAUUGAUGUGGAUGUCUCAGUUUGGACAAAUAACACAAGAAAAGUGGACACUAAUAAUUUGGUUUUCUUGUGGGGAUUCAGAGAUGGGAUGUCUGCGGGAAUGCUAAAGAGACGUCUCAGUAAUUCCCAUGUGGUGUUCUCUGAUGAAUUUGAUGUGCGACUGGUGGAUAAGAGUUGUGCUGUUGUUGUCUUCUGGAAUCCUGGCUUAUCAUCAAGCUUUCUUGAUGCUGUAGAAUCUGGAGGGCUAAACUGUGAGCCACUGAGGGAGAUGAUCUCAGAAGGCCUUCAGGCUACAGGUUAUCAAGCUUAUAGGAGAGCUUGUGAGUUGGGUUUAUGGGAAGCAAACUUAGCAGAUUCUUUGGACAAAGCCUUAGAAGACACUGACAUCCUUUCUGGAACUGGUUCCCAGGAGUCAUUGAAUAUCUAUUGGAACGACGAAUUGAUAAUUAGCCUGGAUGAUCUGUGAAUCAUAUAGGUUCUUGUUUUACCUUUCCUAAGGGAACCUGAGCUGAUGCUUGAAUCCCUCUCUCUCUCUCUCUCUCUCUCUCUCUCUCUCUCGGAGCAGGCACUGGGAUACAUCUGGUGGGUGCCUCCCCGCAUUGAGAAGUAAACUUGUUUUUUGCCAAACUCUGAACUGGACUGGCUUGAAUUCUUCAAAAGUGAGUUCAUGAUGAUGGAAAUUCAGCAGCGUUACCUUUUCAAAGGAAGAGAAAGUAGAGUUCCUAACUUCCUAUUGUAGCAUGAUGAUAUAUGAUGAUAUUUUUUUGUUAAAAGAGUGUUUAUAGAGGAUGGUAACGUACUUGUUCCUAUUUAAUAGUAGUUUAUGUUCCAUUUUGACAUGUAAUUGUAAUUUGCACUAUUUAUUUCUGUCUUUACAAUAGGUUUUGGGAGUUCCCUUUGAUUUGGAA